AUGGAAAGCUCAACAAUUGCCUUUUAUGAACGAUUCGGAGAACAUAUCGAGCAACUUGAAGAUAACUCAGAAGAUCGAGACGCUAAUCCCCUUCGUGUUGCGCCAUUAGGAGACGAUGAAGAAUGCCCCAGUAAGAAUUGUUGGACGAAAGUACAAAUUAAUGGCAAGACUUUCUGUCAGCUGAGUAAUUCUGCCGACUGUGCGAACAUACAGUGCUCUGAAUCCGGACUUGAUGCGUUCAUCUCGUACGAUGUUAUGGGACUCCAAUACCGAAAAGGAGGAGGAUCCCUGAAGCAGAGAUUUGGUAGAGGAAAGAAAUGGUUGCAAGUGGGAGAUGAAAACAAAGAAGAAUGUCUUGUCAAAUUAGAUAUCGAAGCAUCAGGAUUCUACCUCUCAGUCGGACACGCUGCUUGUGGAGGCAAACUCACGAGCUCUAAAAAGAAUUUUCUCACAAUCCAACACAGCCUGAGGUACCCAUUUAACGAUGCAGUGCGACGCCGCUUCGGAGACAAGAAGGAAGUCAACUCGAUCGACCUUGUCUGCAAUUAUCCGAGAAAGUUCAACAUCAGUAGCGCCGUAUUAGUCGAAAAUUCGUUUCAUCCAGGUUUGGAAUCAACAUCGACACUUGAGCCACUGCUCUCAAUGAGCACGCUCGAGGAAAACUACAACAAAAAGAAAAUCAGUGUCGACUUUGAAAACCCAUUUUCUGACGAGUUAGAGUUUCUCAUCGAGAACUGUCGCUUUCAAAACUCAACUGCCUCGGCGGAGAUGAGUCUUUGCAAAGGAACUAGAAACCACUCGCUUCCCUACAUCUUUGAAUACGACCAGAACUCUAACUUUUCGAUGGACUGCUCGAUUAGACUAUGCCAAGUAAACGAAACCUGUUCGCAGGUCUGCUAG